AGCGUGGCUGCCAUGGCAAAAUGAUAUAAAAAACGGCGCGGAAUGAUAGAAGCUCAGAAUCGGUAGCUCGAACUUGAAGAGACUCUUUCUACUGAAGAGCAAGUGAACAAGAUUAAGAGAUAAAGAUGGUGCUUUUACAAGUUCUUUUUAUCACCCUGUUGUUUGUGGCGACCUCUCUUGCCAGCUGUUUUCCGGAGCACCCGCAAAAACAAUUCUGCAAGGCCGAUUUUGUUGUACACGCUAGAGUCCUGUAUGGACCUGAAUCUGACUACAUGCCAAACAGUGGAAGGAAUCCAUCAAUGAAAUAUCACGUUUACCAACUGAGGAUUCUGGAAAUCUUUAAAGGCCGUGACCAUGUCCAGAAGAACCUGAUUCCCGCUAAAGGCUUUAACUUUGUGAAUCUAUACACCCCUUCGCCUCGUGUGUCCGCCGCUGCGGGCUUGGUCCCAAACUCCGAGUAUCUUCUCUCUGGUAGGGUCGAAGCGGGCUACUUGUACACCAGCUUCUGUAACUGGCGCCAAAGGUGGGCGGGUGUAACGAGUGAGCAGCUGGAAGGAGUGCGAACACAGUACAACAAAGGAUGUCAGUGUUUAAUCGGGUUCUCGUUUUGUUUCACCAAAGACUGUCCAAGACUAUUGAAAGGUUGUGAUGGAUUCCCCGACUCGAACUUCGACUGUAGAGCGAAAUUUGAUCGGUGUGAAAUCAACUUCGGCGGCAAUAGCUGUAGUUGGCUAAGCAGCAAGCGAAGAGGGCGUUUCCAGCAAUGUGUAAAAAUCUCCCAGCGUUUCUUCCCAUAAGUAAGUGGAACGUCGUGCGAAAUUUCUUAAUUACACGAAGACUGAGUUUUGUAAUUUUAUGGUGAUGUCAGCAACGAAAACUAACUGACAAAAAUAGCGUUCCACUGAUUGGAAAAAGCGAUGAAAAAACAUUUUACUGGUCGAAGAGCUUUAGUGAACAAUGUUUAUACAACCACCUAUGUGAUGUUUUAACAGAAUGGUCAUACAUAGCUCUUUGAGUCCAUAAGGGUAUCGAUGUAAACUGAAAAUUUACGUUCCCACGUACCUCUUUCCAAAAUGUCAUAGAUAAGAGGUGUCAUAGAUAAGAGGUACUAUAUCAAACAUUUUAAAAAGUUGUCAUUAGAAGAAAUGUAGGAAAUAAGUAUGUGUAAUCAAAUGGUUUUCUCGUGAAAUUAGGAAAUAAUUUCACUCGCGUUUUGUCAAAAUUCUGAUAAUUUCCCGGGAAUGUACUGAUUUUCCUUAGAUGAUGUACCGUUAGUUUUUGUUUUGAAAAUAAAGCUAUGUUACUUUUAAAA